AUUACGGCCCUCAAAGAACACUUUCUUGAUAACUUUGCACUCGAAUUCCAGAAAGCGGGUUUCAGUGUCUUGGUCUUCGAUAAUCGCGGCUUCGGAGAAAGCGGUGGUCGCAGAUACGAUGCCGAUCCUGUCAAAUUCCAGGAUGACUAUAUCGAAGCCUUUGACUACGCCGCGUCUCUUCCACAAGUUGACUCGGAACGGAUUGUUUUUUGGGGAACAAGUUACUCGGGAGGAGUUGCCAUCACUGCUGCGGCAAUUGAUCGCCGAGUCAAAGCUGUCAUUGCUCAGGUGCCAUUCGUGUCGGGGGAGCUAUUAGUAGGCACUGGGCAACCUUUUCUCGACAUGGUACAGCAAGACCGCGCCAAGAUUCGCAGCGGAGAAGAAUGGCCUCUCACUCGUGUUGUUGCUUCCACGCUUGACGAGGCUGAGGCUGGCACUGCAGCCGUUAUGCUCCGAGAUACGGCCAGCUUCCGCUUUUUCCAAGACGCCGCCGCGCAAGGCGGCAAUUGGGAAAAUAAAUUAACUACAAUGUCUCUUUUCAGAUUACUUAGGUUCGAACCUAUCCGAUAUAUUCACCGUAUUGCGCCCACGCCUCUGUUGAUGGUUGUGGGAGAAAAAGAUGAUAGCUUGCUGUCGCUUCAGCUGCAGGCAUUUGGAUUAGCUCAAGGACCCAAGCAGCUCCAUCUGCUAAAAGGCUGCGGUCAUUUUGACCAAUAUCGAGGUGAUAUUUUCAAGGAGAAUAUUGCGGUUCAGAUUGCGUUUCUAAAGAAUUAUGUUUGA